AUGUUACAAAGUAAUACACUGACAUCUCAAAACAAAAAAGCAGACGAAUGGAUAGCAGACUCGGACUCGACUUAUGCUGCUAUUAACAACGUUAUCCCGCGGUUCAAGACGAUUGUCGAUGCGUGUAAUUCGUACGUUAAGGCGAACCAACAGAUGAUCAAGGCGGCAGAGGUCUUAGUUGCUUCGAUGGAAGAUAUGGGGGAUUGUGGACAUCAAGACUUGAAUGUGGGGAUGCUCAACGUGGCAAACAUGUUUUCGAUGUGGAAGAACAAUUUGAUUGAAAUAGCCGAUCAGUUCAAACAGACGUCAACGUCACUAUUGGAAGACGUCACGGCACUGCCAAAGGAUCUUAACAGACUUGUAGAGUCAUCAAAGAAACACAAGGCCAAAGCAAAUGACGAAUGGAAGAAAGCAAUGAAGAAAGUCGAGUCAACAAAGAAGAAUAAGAAACUGAUGAAGAACAACCCCGACAUGCUGAAGACGUGCGAGGAAGACGAAGAAAAAAAGAGGGAGGAGUAUAGAUGCGCGUGCAUAGCUGAAUGUAGAGAUGCGUUGACUAUGCUCAGAGGGUGCUACGGAAAUAUGUUUGAUAAAUUCAAACACAUUUACGACGUGAAAGUAAAUGCAGACACCAAAUCACAACAAAUAUUCAACGCGCAACUGAAGGACAUCAAUGCCCUUAUUAAUGUCACCAAAGUCAUUCCUGGAAAAUGCAACACACUCUAUUCGAUGUUGGGCAACAAAUUUAUUGAUGAGGCGUCAUUUAAAAAUGAAGCAAAAGAACUGCUGACAGAAGUUGGGAUAAACAAGUACGCUUUAGAGCACGACGACUUAGUCACAAAAUUGAUCGAAGAUGUGAAAACGGGGGUGGAGAAUGGUAAUUUCACGACGGAUUACGUCCAAAUGAUGUUGAAGAGCGUCCCAGAAAGCUACAUGCAACCUCCUGCCGAAGAAAGGAUAGACGACAUUUUGGAACCAACGGAUGACAAGUCCAAAAACAGUGAAAUGAAAAGUGAAGGCGAUAACAAAGAGAAAAGGGAAACGAAAGAGUUGAAAACCGCCAAAAGUAUGACCAACUCUUCUGUGACGAAACAGCCCAACCAGAAAAUCUCUGUUUGA